UCUGGCGCGACUUUCAACUGACAUCUGUGUAACGCAUUCGAAUUCUUACUCUACCAAUUAGUUUCGAUUACCAGUUAGUUUUGAUCUCACACCGUCUUUAUUUCUGGUUGUUGUCUAUUUAUUUCUCUACUUAAUAUAACCUCACGCUGCUCCUCACACAACCCGCACCACACAAGGUACCUCCUGGCUGAACGGAAACCAAUCAGAGGCCGGAGUUGCAGCUGGAUGUGAAUAAUUCUAGUAAUCUCAGAAUUAUCCGGCCACAAAAUAAUAUACUUCGUGUUUGAGAAGCUCACACCAAAACAAUGAAUAUCCUGCCCAAAAAAAGAUGGCAUGUUUUGAAAAAAGAAAACAUUGCUCGGGUGAGGGCAGAUGAAGCAAAAUAUGAUGAGCAGCAAAAAAAGAUUGAAGUCAAAGCACAGCUUGCUGAUCAGGAAGCACGGAUAGAUUACUUACGAAGACAAAAAAGUAAUAAACUAACAUCUAGCUCGGGAUUAGAUGGAUUCCAGAUAACAGUAGCAAAGGAGAGUAUUUUAAAUGUCUCACAAGGAAACACGGAAUACGAAAGUGAGAGAAAGAAUGAGCAAGAAAAAAAAGAAAAAGCAGUUGGGAUUUUGACUUAUUUAGGCCAGACUGUCCUUGAUGCUGCUGGUGAGAAGCCGUGGUAUGAUGUGCACCCUCGAACUCAUCAGCAGCGUGAAAGAGAAAAGAAAAAGGACAAAGAAGAACUGGAAAUUAAGAAAAAGAAACUGGCUGACCCAUUAACAGAAAUGAAAAAGGUUGAGGAAGUAUUCAAGCACAACAAAGAACUAAAAAGGCAGAGUGAAGCAGCUGAACUUCAACGCGCCAGUGCUUGCAUACGUGCUAUGCCAACCUUAUUUCCUGAUGACAUAAUGGUGCCGAAGUACCCAAACAGAAAGGCCUCAGGAAAUCAGCAAACAGUCAAUACAUUUAAUCAGUCGCCUAACGAAACUUCAUGUAAUCUAUCUGGAGAGCUAACAAAAGAAGACUUAUCCGUAGAAAUUUCGCUGGGUCCCGGAAAUACGAAUAAGAAAUCUAGUUUAGUUGAAAUGGCCAAAAGUUCUGAUAUUAAUCGUCUUCGAGCUGAGAGAUUGCAACGCGAACGGAAGGAAAGAGACAGGGCUGCUGUUUUGCUAGCUAAAUCUUUUGGUUUAGAUGCUCUAAAACCUCCAGAUCAAGAAGAAGUGCACGUAGACGAACGGAACCUACCUUUUAAUUCUGCAUUUAAUCCUGAACUGUCAGCUAUCUUGGCUGAACGACGCCAACGACACCGCGAGUCCAAAAAGCGGCGUCACGAGGUGGACUAAAUCUUUGGAGGUAGCAGUAUUGUCAGUUGUACAUAUAUAUUUAUAUAUAGCGUUUUUUUCAUUUUCACAAGUGAUCUAAAACCGUUGCUACCUAUUAUGCAUGAGUACCUCAUUAGUUGACAAGAAGUUCAACUAAAACUUUUAGCUAUCAGUUUUGUUUUCCGAAAUAUAACUGCUCUUUAUUUGUGAUUUUAAUUUGGUUUGUAUAAUUAUUAUGGUUGAUAUAAAUAUAAGCUAAUCAUAGGUUGGCAA